ACUAGAUAUAUUACAUUUUUUUCCGUGCACUAACUAUCACGACACAGGAAACUUGAGAGUAGCGCUUUUAAAGACUGCAGAUGACGCGUUAAGGUAGCAAGAAAGCACAUCCAGAGAGAGAGAGAGAAAGAGAGAGAGAGAGAGAGAGAGGUGGGGGUGGAAGUGCUGCACAUGGUAACGGACGCGCAGAGUGACGUCAAUGAGCUGCGCAGUAACGGACAGACCAUGAGGCGAGGGCAGUGCGUGGCGCGGCGAGGCAGUGAGGUGGUGAGUCAGGUUUCGCGCUGCACCAUGAAUACUCUGCUCGUGUUGGCCGCAGUGCUGCUCGCCACUCCGGCACGCGGCCAGGACCUGAGUGGGGCCAAGACGCUGAGUGUAGUGCCGCAGACGGAGGCACAGCUGAAGGAAUUGAUCAAGCUCUUCGAUGCUGGCCAGUACGACUUCUGGAGGGAGCCGCGUGACAUGGGCAUGUCGGUGGACAUCAUGGCCACCGCCUCACAAGUGCAGGAGCUGACCGCUGCCCUGGAGCGGUCUGGCCUGAAGCCGCAGGUGAAGGUGGACGACGUGGCCCAGAUGGUGAUGCGGCAGAACAGCGGCGUGUACUCACGAGGCGCUCGCUCGCUGGACUGGGAGGACUACCACGACUCCUACACGAUCAACCGGUGGAUGGCCCAGCUGGCCUCAGACCACCCGGACCUGUGCACGCUGGAGACGGUGGGCAAGUCUUACGAGGGCCGUCCCAUGAACCUGCUGACGGUGGGCAAGGGCGGCGCUGACAAGCCGGGCAUCUUCAUUGACGGAGGAAUCCACGCGCGGGAGUGGAUCUCGCCCGCCACCGUCACCUUCCUGGUGAACCAACUCGUCACCAACAGCAGCGCCCACGACGACCUGCUGUCCAGCGUCAACUUCUACUUCAUGCCGGUCAUCAACCCCGACGGGUACGACUACUCCUUCACCGAUGACCGUUUGUGGCGCAAGACUCGCUCGGAGCCCGCCUCGCCGGGAGGCUGCAGCGGCGCCGACGCCAACAGGAACUGGGACUUCCACUGGAUGGAGGCCGGUACCAGCAACGACUCCUGCGUGGACAACUACGGCGGGUCCGCGCCCUUCUCUGAGGUAGAGAUGCAGGUGGUGCGGGACCAGCUCACCAGGCUGCGCAACACCACCAAGGUGUACCUUACCUUCCACUCCUACGGCCAGAAGUGGAUGUACCCCUGGGGCUACACCGCGGCGCUGCCUGAGGACUGGCAGGACCUGGACAGACUAGCCCGGGAUGCAGUCGGCGCCCUGAAGGCAGUCCACGGCACCCGCUAUCAGGUCGGCUCCAGCACCCGCACCAUCUACGCAGCUUCUGGCGGGUCGGAUGACUGGGCGAAGGGCGUGGCGGGCAUCAAGUACUGCUACACGGUGGAGCUGCGGGACCUGGGCACGCACUACUUCACGCUGCCGCCCAGCCUCAUCAUCCCCAGCGGCCAGGAGACGUUCGCGGCGCUCAAGGUGAUUGCAAACUUCGUGAAGAAAACUUACAGUGACUAAGCGAGAUGACUGCAGCGCCACACCGAUUGGGGAGGCUAGUCUAUACUGGUGGAGGAUGAGAUAAUACACAAACGAACAUCUGAAAGUCAUUUUAUCCAACGAAAACAAACAAUAAGUACUAUUACCCAGAGUUUACCUAUCAAUUCUCAAAUGUUCCCUUUUACUUUAAACGAUAGCGAGACUAACAGUUCCCCAUUCCCCCAUCUCUCACCAUGAACACACCCCAGCACUGCGCAUCACAAACAUUAGCGGUUGGUAUCCAGGCAGGCCACAACAGGCGUGCCGUCAACUGUAAGCUGGUUAUCCUUAUAUUUACGCUUCAAAAGUUCGCUACAAUAACAAGGCUUUCUUAACGUUGGCCACGUCCCGGAUGGCACAUAUAUUUAAUUAUUUACAUAAGAUGGGCUCUGGUCCAGGGCAACAAAGGAAAUAAAUAUAUAAAUAAAUAAAUAAAAUGGG